AUCCAAUCUAUGGCCGCCUCCACCACGCGCUCGCCAGCGGCGAUUGACCGGCACGCGGUACGGCUGAUCACGCGUGUCUCCAUAGCGAUGGCCGCCGUCGCCACACUCUCACUCUUCUACCUCUUGCGCCACGCAUCCAUCUACCGUUUCCCCGCGUCCCACCAGUCUGCCCUCACCAUCUCGCUCGCCCCAUUCCCCCGCAGCUCCUGCGACGCCGCCUCGCGCCGAGUGGUCCCGCCCGACCACCGCCUCGCUAAGCUCCGCGCCUCCCCGCGCUGGAGACGUCGUGCCGCCUCCCUGGCCACGUCCGCCUUCCCGCCGCUCCGCGGCCUCGGCAUCCUCGUGGCCCCUUCGCGCGUCCUCUGCCUCGCCGCCGGCACCGGCCACGCCGUCGACGUGUUCCGCGCAGCGGGGACCAGAGACGCCAUAGGGGUCGACCUCGUAGAGUUCCCACCGCUUGUCCGUCGCGCGGAUCCCCACCACCUCCCAUUUUCCGACGGCGCCUUCGACCUCGUGUUCUCGGAUGACCCCUCGGCGACCUCCGGUGCGCUCUUCCCGUCCCGCCUCGCGCGAGAGGCUGAGCGCGCCGUCCGCCGCGGUGGCGGCAUCGCGCUCGCGUUCGACCGGGAGAUCGAGACCGUCGCUGUCGCUACGCUAUUUAAGAGAUCACGCGUCCUGGAUGUGAAGGAUGUCACGUUGGAUGGCUCUCAGGUUAGGCUACUGAUCAUGCAGAGUAAUGGCACAGACCCAUAUUGAUCCGUGUUCAUCCGCUUCAUGUAUUAUCAUAUCUCAGUGAUGCUAUCCAAAGAAUCUGAGGAAGGCAGUUGUGAACAUGAAUUAUAAUCAGUAUAGAUGAUGGUUCAUAAAUAUACGAAAUUGUUCGAUAUUAUUGACUGCUUUGCUGU